CCGAGGUGUUUCCUCCUCCUCAGUGUGGGGCAGCUGCUGGCUGGGCUGCCUGUUGAGUCAGCCUUCUUCCCUCACGGCUCUUCUCCCAGUCCCUGAAACUCGGCUGCCAGGGGAGCUGGAGUCACCUGCGAAGGUGUCCUCCCAUACUGGACCCCUACAGGAAGCUACGUGUGCCCAGCUGGGGCACAGCCCCAGCUGAUGCCCCAGAAGGGCCACCCAUCCCAAGAGGGGCUUUGGGCUCUGCCCUCCCUCCCCAUGGCGCAUGGGCCAAAGCCUGAGACUGAAGGACUAUUGGACCUCAGCUUCCUGACAGAGGAGGAGCAGGAAGCCAUUGCUGGCGUCCUCCAACGAGAUGCCCGCCUGCGCCAGCUGGAGGAGGGGCGGGUCAGCAAGCUCCGGGCCUCACUGGCAGACCCUGGGCAGCUGAAGAUCCUGACAGGGGACUGGUUUCAGGAAGCACGCUCCCAGCGGCACCACAAUGCCCACUUCGGCUCUGACCUUGUCCGAGCCUCUAUGCGCAGGAAGAAGAGCGCCAGGGGUGAGAGAUCUUCGGGGCAGGGCAAGCCAUGUGCCAUCCAGGGCGCUGUCUGUAUGUGGACAGGGAGAGAGGACCACCCAGGCUCCAGUCCUGGCUGCCCUUGGAGACCAGGCUCCAGGCAGCGAUGGGGAGGCUGAGGCUGCUGUGAAAGAGAAGGAAGAGGGGCCAGAGCCCAGGCUCACCAUUGAUGAAGCCCCUCAGGAGAGGCUCAGGGAGACUGAGGGACCUGAUUACCCAUCGCCUUCUGUCCCGCUAAAGGGUUCAGAUCCUGAGGAGGCGUCCCAGGCCCAGGAAGACCCUGGCCAAGGAGACCUGCUGGUCUGUGCCGAGAAGGCGGACCCGGAGCUGGAGCCCGCGUCGAGGGGAGGGCAGGAGCCGCGGCCCCCGCAAGCCCAGGUAGGCGGGAGUGGCCCGCGGCUGCUCUCAAGAUCCGGAGCGGAUUCCGGGCGGGGAGCGCUCCUGCCCAGGGCUGCGAGCCGCCCGCGACCCAGGGCGCUCGGGGCAGGGGCGGGGAAAGAAGGGGCGCCCCGUCACUUGCCCCCUCUGCAGACCAAGGCCGCGUGCCAGAUCCUGGAGAACGGGGAGGAGGCCCCGGGGCCGGACCCCUCACUCGACCGCAUGCUCAGUAGCAGCUCCUCCGUGUCCAGCCUUAACUCCUCCACGCUGAGCGGCAGCCAGAUGAGCCUGUCCGGCGAGGCGGAGGCGGUGCAGGUCCGCGGCUCCGUGCACUUCGCGCUGCACUACGAGCUGGGUGCCUCCGAGCUGCGCGUGCACGUGAUCCAGUGCCAGGGCCUGGCCGCCGCCCGACGCCGCCGCUCGGACCCCUACGUCAAAAGCUACCUCCUCCCGGAUAAGCAGAGCAAGCGCAAGACGGCAGUGAAGAAACGGAAUCUGAAUCCAGUUUUCAACGAGACUCUCCGGUACUCCGUCCCGCAGGCCGAGCUCCAGGGCCGCGUGCUGAGCCUGUCCGUAUGGCACCGCGAAAGCCUGGGUCGCAACAUCUUUCUGGGAGAAGUUGAAGUGCCCUUGGACACGUGGGACUGGGGCUCUGAGCCCACCUGGCUCCCCCUGCAGCCCCGGGUCCCACUCUCUCCCGACGACCUUCUGAGCCGCGGGCUACUCGCCCUGUCCCUCAAGUACGUCCCAGCCGGCUCCGAGGGCGCUGGACUGCCCCCGAGCGGGGAGCUGCACUUCUGGGUGAAGGAGGCUCGGGACCUCUUGCCGCUGCGGGCAGGAUCCCUGGACACUUACGUACAAUGCUUCGUACUGCCUGAUGACAGCCGGGCCAGCCGCCAGCGUACAAGGGUUGUGCGACGCAGCCUCAGACCUGUGUUCAACCACACCAUGGUGUACGAUGGCUUUGGGCCUGCCGACCUGCGCCAGGCUUGUGCCGAGCUCUCCCUCUGGGACCGUGGGGCCCUGGCUAGCCGCCAGCUGGGGGGCACACGCCUCAGCCUGGGCACCGGCAGCAGCUAUGGGCUGCAGGUGCCCUGGAUGGAUUCCACACCUGAGGAGAAGCGGCUAUGGCAGGCCCUCCUGGAGCAGCCAUGCGAGUGGGUGGAUGGCCUUCUACCCCUCAGAACCAACCUGGCCCCCAGGACGUAGCCCCACCAAGCCUCUGUCUCUGGACCCCCAUCUCAGGGCCUGCCCUUGGCUAAAGUCAAUAAAGUCUGCUCUAAGGGCAA